UUUUAACAUUCUCCAUGGAAACCACUCCCACUCUCAAUCUCUCUCUCCCCAACUGUUUCUACCAUUUCUAACCAACUUUUCAUUCCAAAACCAAAACUUGCAUUUCAAUUCCCAAUACCCAUAAAUUGCUCUCAUUCCCUGCUCUGCUUUUUCCAUUCACACAGUUGGGUAUUCUGUUUUCAUCAUUUGCUCUCAUCAUUAAGUGCUUUUUCUGAAGGGAAAAAAUAAUGGAGUCUGGAAAUGGUGUUGUGGCUGAAGAGGAAAGGAAUGGUGUGAUUGAGAAAGAGGUGAUUGUGGGUGAGAAUGAGGAAAAGGUGGAUGAAAUGCCUAAUAAUUCAUCUUCAGUUGAAGGUGAAUUACCUGAGAUUGGUUCAAAAUGUAAACCCUCAACCCACAGUAAAUCAUCUGGGAAAGUUACUUCAAAGACUGGGGCAAGAGGCUCAGCUGCAUUGGCUAGGACAAAGAGGGCUAGCCUGACUCAUAGUGUGUCUUUCCCCCCGAAAGGCGUUAAUUCGGGUGUUUUGAGCACAAGUGCUGAUGUGCAGCCAAAGAAAUCAGGUCCCAAACAGUCACAGGUUAUGAAGAGUGCUCUUGCCAGUAAAAAUGGCAGAAGAGCAUCUUUAACAGCUCCCACUAAUGGCUUUGGUCAGAAUAUGAAUCAGUCUGACAAGUCCCUUUCUGCUAAUGGAACUGAGGCAUUGGAAGGAACAACUGAUGAAAACUUCAAACCUAUUACAAAUGUUCUCCCAAUUAAGGAGGAAGAGGAUGCUCGUUCUACAACUUCAUCCAAUGCCACUCCUCAAGGGCAGCGGAGGGCUAGUGGUUUCGGAUUUUCCUUCAGAUUGGAACAGCGAGCUGAAAAAAGGAAAGAGUUCUUCUCAAAGCUAGAAGAGAAGAUUCAAGCUAGGGAAGCCGAAAAGAACAACUUGCAAGCAAAAUCCAAAGAAAGCCAAGAGGCUGAGAUAAAGAAGCUAAGGAAGACAUUGACUUUUAAAGCUACACCUAUGCCAAGCUUCUACAAGGAACCUCCUCCAAAAGUUGAACUGAAGAAGAUACCUAUAACUCGUGCUGUAUCUCCCAAACUCGGGAGGAACAAAACCUCUGCAUCAAUAGCAGCCAGUUCUGAAAGUGCAGAAUCUUGUCUUAGCCCCAAGGUUGUUAAAGAACAAGGAAAGUCUCCCCGGGCAAACAGAAAAAAGAGUAGCCCCGCCUCAGCAAAAGUGACAACAAAAAGUCCCCCGCAAUCAUCAGAGACCAAAACUGAAGAGAAGGCGAUGAUGCCCGUAGAGACAAAGCCCAAACCAGAGGAAACAAAGAGCUGUGAUGAGAAUAAUACUUGUGCAGAAACUGAAACCAACAAUCAAACUAAAGAGCAUUGGGUUGACAAGUCUGAAGAGAAAUCGGGAGAAGACGAGGUGCAAUGUGCAUCCACUCCAAAUACAGUGCUGAUGCCAGCUCAAGUCUCGGUUGAAGGUUAAAGAAGAGGAGUUAAAUUUCCCACAUUUUCCACUGUACUUAUAUAUAUCUAUAUAUAUUAUCUAUAGGGUUUUGAAAAAGGUUACUAUUUUCCACUUAUUUGGGAAUAAUAUCAAAUAUGGUGUCUGUACCUUCCUCCACCUUGAAUGACUCACAAGUUGUUCUUCUGCUAUAUAUAUAUAUAUAUAUUGUCAUUCUUUUGGGAAAAGAAAUAAAGACUCAGCGGCAUAAACUA